AUGCCGCCCGGUGAAGCAGCAGAGACUUCUCCCAUUCGUAAUUUAGAGAAUAAAUCUCUAGGAUCAGUCAAUAUUGAUAGAACCGAGUCACUUUCGUCAGAAAUUGUCCAACCAGAGGUUAAGAAAAGAUGGGUAUCCUAUAUAUGGGACACGCUGGAUAAGUCGCCAGCGGAAAGACGGUUCUUGUUUAAACUCGAUGCUGCGCUUCUUUCAUUCGCUUCAUUAGGCUACUUCAUCAAAUAUCUCGACCAAGUUAAUAUUAACAAUGCAUUUGUUUCUGGAAUGAAAGAAGACCUUGGGCUAUUUGGAAACCAACUGAAUUACAUGCAAACUUGUUGGACUGUAGGAUAUGUCAUCGGGCAGAUUCCAAGUAAUAUCCUGUUAACUCGAGUUCGACCAUCUAUUUGGAUUCCAUCAUGCGAAGUUACUUGGGCAGUUUUGACGAUUCUGAUGGUAAAAUGCAACAAUGCGCAACAGAUUUACGUAUUGCGAUUCUUCAUCGGACUUGCUGAGAGUACAUUCUACCCCGGAAUGCAGUACAUCAUUGGGUCAUGGUACCGUAAAGAUGAACUAGCUAAAAGAUCCUGCAUCUUUCAUACCAGUAGUGCUAUUGGCACAAUGUUCUCAGGUUACCUUAUGGCUGCGGUCUAUCACCUUGGUGGUAAAGAUGGGUUCAAAGGCUGGCAGUGGCUAUUCAUCAUCAACACAGUCAUCUCUUUGCCGAUAGCCUUGGCUGGAUACUUCAUGAUACCAGACGUGCCAGAAAUCACACGUGCAUGGUAUUUAACACCUGAGGAUAUUGCCCUUGCUCAGAAGAGAAUGCAGCUCGAGGGUAGAGCUAACCGCUCACCGUUUACCAAAGUUAAACUAAAGAAAAUAUUGUCUAGCUGGCAUAUAUAUUUGCUCACUCUACUCUACAUAUUCUUCAAUAACGGCAACGGCGCCGCUUCUCAGCCUGCGUUUUCACUAUGGCUUAAAAAAGAAGGUUACAGUAUUACACAGAUUAAUACUUACCCCACCGUCACGACUGCAAUUACUGUCGUCACGACGUUAGUCUAUGCUUGGACUUCAGACACAAUAUUUAAAGGAGAAAGAUGGCCACCAAUCGUAUUCUCGGGUAUCAUGAACAUCAUCGUAUAUGUUAGCCUAACUGUCUGGAAUAUCCCAAUUGGCUGGAAGUGGGCUUGCUUCUUUUUAGCUGGAUUUGGCGGAGGCAUCAGCGGUCUAACAUUUGCUUGGGCUCAUGAAAUCUGCACUGAUGAUAACGAAGAGCGAGCGCUAGUGACGGGUACAAUGAACGAAAUGGCUUAUGUGAUUCAGGCAUGGCUUCCACUAUUGAUCUGGCAGCAAGUGGAUGCUCCUGAAUAUCCAAAGGGAUAUCCGACCAGCAUUGGAAUCGCCGUCGGCUUGAUAAUAAUGGCGUUCUGGAUAAAGCAUGCUCUCCGGCGAGAAAGGCUCAGGAAGAAGAUCGCAGAGGGUGAAUCGGUCUUACGUAUAUCCACAGGAUAA